UGUAGUUAGACAGCGCUCAGAAAGUAUCGAUACUAGUUACCUGCAGCCGUUUUAUAUGUGGGGAGAAAUAAAAUAUUUGUUUUUAAAAGCAUUGCAUUAAAAUGCAAGCGUUUAAUUGAAUAAAAUCAGCUAAGCGUGAGAUGUCACAUACAACGGAUGUUUUCCCACUUUGGCAAUAACAACAACAACAGUAACACCAACCGACAACAACAACAACUGCUGCAAUAAUGUAAGAGGCGGAGGGGCUAACAAAGGUCAAGCAAAGCCAACAAAAACCCCAGCCUAGAACUAGUUAGGUUUCCACACACACACAAACACACUUACACUAAAACACACACACACAAAACGUAGUGAGAAUUAAGCAAUGGGCUGGUUGCUAGCGCUCCUUGCACUGCUCUUCGCAAUCAAUGAGUUGCUCGCAGUUCCCACUCCGCUCAAGCUACCAGGCUACACACAUAAACUGACGCCAUACAUCAAGCACUGGGAGGCAGCGAACUUCGAUCGCUCGGUGCUGCAGGUGGCACAACAGCGACACUUGGAGCAGGCACGCGCCCGUCGAAAACGUCAAGCGGAGCCGCCGUCAAGUGGCCUGGGAUUGGCGCACACAAUACGCCUGAAUUUCUCUGCACACGACAGAGACUUUCUUCUGGUGCUGCGUCAGCAGCCAAAUUCGGUGUUCGCAAAUGAUGUGGAAAUCGAGAACACACUGGGACCCAUCGAUUACGAUGUGUCACGCAUUUACACGGGCAGUCUGGAGGAUGACGAGGCUGCCCAUGUCCAGGCGAUACUCACAAGUGAUAAUCUGCUCGAUGGCACAAUUGAGACGCAAGCUGAGCAUUAUUAUAUUGAACCAGCGCAGCGUUACUCACAGCAAUUGGCCGAGAGUGGUGUUCAUAGCAUUGUCUAUAAGCUAAGCGAUGUAAAUAUGCAACAACACAAUUCAUUUGCCAGCGGUUUGUCAUCUAAAUCGCCCAUUAAGACGCAUUGCGCCAGCGAACGUUUGAGACAGAAACGUUGGUUGCCCGAGGAAGAGCACGUCACUGCUCCAACUUAUAAUCGCAAUCCACCGUUGCCGUUGGAUCUUGAGGUUCCCUACAACGAUGAUUUUCGAGUGCUGGCCUCCGAGGAGGAUCGUAGUGAGGAGGCAUCGAAAAAAUCCACAGUAACAACAACAACGACUGUGCGCAGCACGGAAAGCUUUCUGGCGACGUUAACGAAGCCCACACCUAAUCGCAAUAUACUUGUAAAUAACUUUAAUCCCUCCAAUGUUGGCGAUAGCAGUCGCAGCUACAAUGGCAACUCCAAUACCAAUUCAAAUUCUAACAACAACAACAACGUACGCAAAUUGUACACGAAGCAUAAAAACAUCAUUGUUAGCACCUAUAACCGGCCAAUAGAGCCAGAAUUUGGCACACCCUACGAGGAGCCGAAUGCCAACAAUAGCAACAGCCUGCCAAAUAACUUUUUCAAUGCCAAUUGGACGACGCUCUCCAUGGGCAACAGCAACGGGGCCAAUGAUCGUCCCAGCCAUAAGACGCAUGUAGAGAUUAUUACCAAGAAUGGCGCCACUAAGAAACCUAAUAUUAUUGUAAACAAUUACAAUCCAGAGAUAAUAUUCGCCCCAAAUCCACACAAUCCCAGUUUUAACACCAUGCUGAUGACGAAUCUGUUGAGUGGUCGUGGCGAUGAUAUUCAUAGCUCGCCUCGUCUGCUUUAUGAUCGUAAGACGACUUGCAUGCUUUAUUUGCAAGCGGAUCACACAUUCUUCCAGAAGAUGGGCAGUGAUGAGGCUUCAAUUGAGGCUAUCACACGGCAUGUUCAACGCGCCAAUUCUAUUUAUCGCAAUACGGAUUUCAACAAUGAUGGAAAACCAGACAAUAUUACGUUUAUGAUCAAACGUAUUAAGGUUCACAACAUGAAUGCCAUGAAGGAUCCUAGCUAUCGAUUUCCUGGCAAUUAUGGCGUUGAAAAGUUCUUGGAAUUGUUUUCAGAGGAGGACUACGAUGCCUUUUGUCUGGCCUAUAUGUUCACCUAUCGCGAUUUUGAGAUGGGCACUUUGGGUCUGGCAUGGACAGGAGAUCUGAAGAAUGCCGGUGGCGUUUGUGAAAAGAAUGGCCACUAUCGAGGAUCGCUAAAGUCGUUAAACACAGGCAUUGUGACGCUCCUCAAUUAUGGCAAACAUGUGCCACCUGCUGUGUCGCAUGUGACACUUGCGCACGAAAUUGGCCAUAACUUUGGUUCACCUCACGAUCCAGAGCUGUGCACACCAGGUGGUGAGGAUGGCAACUUCAUUAUGUUUGCACGCGCAACAUCUGGCGACAAGAAGAACAACAACAAGUUCAGUGCGUGCUCCUUAAAGUCCAUAGAGCCUGUGUUGAAUGCCAAGGCACGCUCAAUGAAAGGCUGCUUUACGGAGCCGCAAUCAUCAAUUUGUGGCAAUGGCGUUGUUGAGCCAGGCGAGCAAUGUGACUGUGGCUGGGAAGAGGACUGCAAGGAUUCCUGCUGUUUCCCCAUGUCGCGGAAUCCGCACAUCGAUGAAACGCCCUGCACACUGACGCCACAUGCACGCUGCAGUCCGUCACAAGGUCCUUGCUGCACCACCGACUGCAAGGUGAAGUUUGGUGACAAAUGUCGCGACGACAAUGGUUGCCGUGAUCCCUCGUUUUGUGAUGGUCGGGUACCUCAAUGUCCGCCAUCGGUGAACAAACCGAACAAGACCAUUUGCAAUAAGGAGUUUGUCUGCUAUAUGGGCGAUUGCACAGGCAGCAUUUGCUUGGCAUACGGCCUCGAAUCAUGCCAAUGCAUACCAGGACCUGAGGAUGAUCGCAUCAAGUCAUGCGAGUUGUGUUGUAAGUUGCCCGGUGAGAAUAAUCCGUGUCGCAGUUCGUUUGAAUGGAAUGAGGCGCCCUUCGAUGUGCCCGAUAUGUACUCCAAACCGGGAACACCUUGCAAUGACUACAAUGGCUACUGUGAUGUGUUUCAAAAGUGCCGUGAAGUUGAUCCAUCUGGACCUUUGGCUACGCUCCGUAAAUUGCUGCUGUCAGAGGAGAGCAUUGCUACUUUCAAGAAGUGGAUGCAGCAACAUUGGUACACUGUAGCACUGGCUGCCAUUGGAGUCUUUUUACUACUGAUACUGAGCACAAAGCUGCUGGCGAAACGAUCGAAUCUGAAGCAUAAGUCGGUGACUAUCAUUCAUAGUGCCACCACGGAAACUGUGCGAUUACCGGAGAACAAUAACGGCGUCAUCGUACAUACAGCUGUACGCACUAAAGUGCCAUUUAAGAAGAAGGUUCGCGGUGAGCGCAGCAAGAAGUCGACCAAUGGCGUUGGAGCAACAGCAGGAGUACGUUCAAGUGGAGCAGCUAAAGCCACUACCAGCGCAGAGCCAAAGAAAACAUCAAGAACGCAAGGAGUGACAAAGAAGAAAUCAAAAACGAGUGCAACUGACGAGGAUCAAGCUAAGAAAUCCAACAAAAAGCUGGGCAAGCAUAUGAAGGAAAUCAUUGAUUAUUCACAGCGCAACAAUGGUGGCAAUGGCGACGAUGGCUCCAAUCUGUCGACGAGCAACAAUCACACCAACACUUUUGGAAAAGUGCAAAAAUGGCUGCUGGAGUCGCCAAUUGUGGCACAACCAUUAUCGCACAUUGAGCAUAGCUCGCGUGUGCGCAAUGUGAUGAGCAAGUCGCAGUCAACGCCCGAGCGACUGGUGCAGAAAACGCCGCAAAAGACCAAGUCCAUGGGCAACCUGUCCAAUGAGAAGGUUAAACUGCAGGUCGUCUACAAGCCACCAUUCAAGUUCUCGCUGCGGCUGUCUAAGAAGCCCAAGGUGAAAACGCACGUCGUGGGCGUCAGCGCUGGCGCACGUCCAAAGCGCACACAAAAGAGUAAUGCACGCUCCAGUGGACAGCCGACCACGUCUAAGGGACCAUACACGGAACGUGCGAAGCGCACUGCGCUGCUUUUGUGCAACGAAGCAGAGGACGAUAAUCAAAUUCUGACGCUCAACGAGCCCAACUACGAGACACUGAAGCCACUAACGCAACGCAAUAGCACCGACCACUGCUAUGAGAAUGUUGAUUUGCCCAGCGGCAGCGCCGCGGCAAUCGAUACGAAGCCAAGCAGCAGUAGCGGUGGCAAAAUUGCACCAAGCUCAACACGUGCCAGCCCAGAAGGCGCAGCAGCAACAUCCACUACAGCAGGACAACGUAGCUCCUAUCGUCGCUCAAAUUCGUUGUCCACACAUAAUCCGUUUGCAGUGGCGCCACGUCGUAGCAGCAGCAAAGCGGGCAAGAAUGAGGCACACAACUCAGGUGGAUCUAUAAAUUUAACGCGCAACUUUGGCAGCACACAGAAUCUCAUUAAUCUGAGCCAAAACAUGGCCAAGUCCAAGAAGCGCAGCAGUCUCAAUCUUAAAGCAAGUGCAGCUAAAAACGGUAAAGAUCCGCCUAUAGCUGCAGCAUCAGCAGCAGCUCCCACUGCAGCAACGCCACAGCGCCGUUCAACUUCCAAUGCCAAUCUGCGCAGAAACAGCAGCGUUUCGAAUACGCCGCCGUCACACCCAGCGCCGGUGCCGCCAACGCGCAAUUCGCGCAACAGCUUCAGCAACAUUCCACGCGCCAGUCUCAAUGGACAAAGCGGCUCGAACUCCUCCUCCUCAGUGGCAGCAGCUGCAGCGACGGCGUCUCAUGCACCGCCGCCUAGCUUCUCUCGUCAGUCGUCGAGCAGCACAACGACCACUUCGUCCAGUGCUGCAACGUCAGCGUUACCGCAUCAUGCGCUACAACAAUCCGCCUCCGCAAGCGCCGUGACCAGCAGCCAACGGCAAGCGACGCAACCCAUACGACGUAGUCUUCACAAUUUCAGAUCACGCUCAACGGCAGCAGCGGCAGCAACUGCAACGCCAGCAUUACCCACGACGGCAAUGGACAAUGGAUUGCCAUCGGAUCUGGAGGUGGUUGUCUCUGAUAUUGAGAAUUUGGUUAGCUAAGAGCAGCGCCAUUUCUUUUCAUUUCAAACCAAC